UGUCGAGUGUAACAUGGCAACAAAUCUCACAACAAAAGGAAGUGAGGCUAAUACGCACACUAUAUUUAUGCUUAUGUAAGCAUUACAUCUAAUCAGGAAAUACGCAUUUAUUUAGUUUUGGCUAGGCUCACAAGAAGAGCUGGAAUCGCCACGAUGAAGACGGAGUGAUCAAACGAGAGGUUUGGGCUGAAUCCACUCAAACUGCAGAAGACCACUUGUGGGCCCUUUGGGGCCCUGGAAGAGGAUGUAUCGUGGCGAUAAGGAUUUUCAGACCUCGGGACGCAAGAUGGGUACAUCAUUGCUUUUCCAGUUGUCAGCUCAUGAAAGGGAACUAGAUCUGGUUUUCCUGGACCACAGCUAUGCCAAACCAUGGAAUGCUCAUCCAGAUGCCAGCAGUGCUCGGCCAACUAGGGCACUAUUCGUUACACCCCGUCGCCAGCCUGAACCAUCAUCAGAUGCUGAUUCUCUCUUAGAUGUGGAAACAGUCACACAAACUCCUGUUCCUCUAUAUGAUAAUCAGAAAGCUCUUAAUGUGAUGAAGGAGUGUGAGCGGCACGUCCUUUUUGCUCGGACAGUUGCUGAGAAUCCACCACCCCCUGAUGACUGGGAAGAACAUCUAAACAAGACGGGGUGGUCAGUGGCUCAGAACAAAUUGUUCAACAAAGUCCUUAAAGCUCUUCAAGCUGAGAGAUUGGCCCGUCUAGCCAAUGAAAAUACCUCCAAUGAACCGAUUUUGCGGAGGGUAGCUGUGGACAAGUGUGCCAGGAAGGUACGACAUGCGCUCGCUAGUGUGAGCUGGGACACUAAACUGACACAGUGGUUACACACCACCCUGAUUGAAUCUUUAAGCCUUCCCAUGCUUGCUGCUUAUCUGGAUGUGCUGCAGACCCUCAAAAGCAAGCUGCCUACGCUCAUUGACAGAAUGUUACUGCCAUCUGCAAAGACUGGAGCUCCAAGUGCAGAGGCUCUAUCAUUACUACUGAAGAGGCCUUGGGAUCCGGCUGUUGGAGUUUUGUCUCAAAACAAACCGACCAAGCUUCCUGGAUCUCCUCUCAUCCUUAUUGCACCAUCAAGUCCAACUAAUCCUACCCUCUCUACCACAAGGCGAAUGAGAUUCUGGCAGUCACAGCUCUCCUGCUUGGGAAAGGUCAUCCCAGUGCAUACGCAUGUGAACAGCGGGGCCAAUAUUAGUGUCACACAAUGUUUGGAGCACAUGUUGGGGACUGUCAGGGCUAAAGUCAUGGAGGUCCACAGCCACUUCCCUCACAAACCCAUAAUCCUGGUUGGCUGGAAUGCUGGCGCUCUGAUCGCUUGUCACGUGUCCCUUAUGGAAUAUCUGACCGCCGUGGUUUGUCUUGGCUUCCCCUUAAUCACAGUCAACGGGCCGAGAGGGGAUGUAGAUGACCCGCUGCUGGACAUGAAGACUCCUGUGUUAUUUGUGAUCGGACAAAAUGCUCUCCAGUGUAGCACAGAAGGCAUGGAGGAGUUCAGAGAGAAGCUGCGGGCCGACAACAGCAUGGUGGUGGUCGGGGGAUCAGAUGACAACCUCAGAAUCAGUUCAGCAAAGAUGAAGUCUGAAGGACUGACGCAGACCAUGGUGGAUCGCUGCAUUCAGGAUGAGAUAGCUGAUUUCUUGUCAAGUGUCCUUGCACGGGCAGAGGGCCACGGUCAUGGCUCAGGAGAGAUGAGGGAUUUGGAUACAGAGAAGAAGAAAAAACCCAGAAGAGAGCUUCCUUUUGACAUGGAUAGAGGACGACCUUCCUCGCCUGCGCUUAGAGUUCCCAUUUCACCAUCAGGUUCAGAGGAUCUUUCUAGUGUCUGCAGUAGUCCCACAUCAAGUCCCAAACCAAAAUCUUCAAGUUUGUCUCCAGCACAGAAAUCCAGCCUCAUCACAGCGACACAGCUCCUCAAGACCCACAUGCAGCGUUCUGGCACAAUGCUCACUCACAAGCAGGCACAAGCUCAGUUUGCUGCUUUUAUGAAACAAAACAUGCUUGUGAGGAAAAAUCUUCCUCCUGGCACACCUCCAUGUAUUUUUGUGCCAGUUACCAGUGAUCAGAUGGAAGGUCUUGACAGAGAUGAACUGAGAUCUCAUGGCAAGAGGAGACAGACGCCUAGUCCCACACCAAGCAAAGCUUCCAAGAGGGCGAAAAUUAAAGUCACCAUUGUUUCUCAAAGCGAGUCAGGAGGAAGUGGCGUCAGCCCCCCUGAAGUGGGUGUCUCUGGGAAGCCCUUAACGAUGGCAGUAGGACAGGCUGUGGCUGGUGCCAAGGAGCUAACUGGACUUCUGACAGGCCAGCGGUCUGGUAGUCUCUCAGAGGUGUCUGGUGCCCUGUCCCCAGGCUCCAGCUCAUUCAACAGCAUGGUGUCAGGGUCCUCCACACCAGUCCAGGUGCAAACUCCAGCUGCUGCCCAAGCACCUUCCGCAAGCAGUCUUCUUCAAGGCCUAAGUUUCAGUCUUCAGGAGAUCGUCACCAAAGCUUCUAACUUGCCCUCUCCAGCAGCACACGCAGGCAGCUCCCAGGCUGUUUGUGGCAAAUCUCAGGGCCCGGUCCUGAGCUCUGUGGGCACCAGCGGCAGUACUCUGCUCCGGGCGGUGCCUGUGGUCACCACAGGAGGACUGGCUAAAACCACUGCCAUCCAUCAGCUGCUCACCAACGGUGGGCUGGCAAAACUAGCAAGCAGCUUGCCCGGCUUGGCACACAUCACAAAUCAGACCACUGGUAUGUGUCGAACUGCCAAAACACGACGGCCCCGUUGAAUGCCCAGGGUUCAUUCAUCCUUUGUUGAAAUAAUAGUUCAGGAUGUCCGUAGGCCAGACAGGAUUACCGCAUUAGAGGAUCGUAGAGGACAAUCCGGACACGUGAGAAGAUAGUUUGCCUGGGAAAACGUGACUGGUCUAGGUUUAUGGAGUCACUCUACGUCACCGGAGGGUAGAUCAGUGGCUCAUACCGAAUGUCUGGUUUCUGUGUUCACAAAACCGCAUGUAAAAUGUAAAGUGACAAUUCUGAAAUGCCAUCAUAGUGAGACACCAAUAAUAAAAAAUAAAUGUAAAUUGAAAAUAUUUCUUUUUGAAGCCAUUUGAAUCUGAAGCAUUAAGUUGAAAACUGCUGUUGGAAAGGUUGACCAAAUUUGAUUAGGAUGUUCCAGUCAUUUUUUUAUUUUUUUUGUCACAUUUGUUUGUUAUAAUUGUCAUUAAAUGUUUAUUUUGUUUGUGUCCUCAUCCAGUAACAUGUUUUGAAUUCCUCCAUUAAACCACCGGCUUAUAACCAUGAGUAUGAAUGCUAUCUUCCUGAGAGUUGUGUUGAAAAGUGAAUACGUCAUUAUCCAAGUUCUCUUCCUGAUGUUAUAAUAAAGACUGGAAUGAAA